AUGAUUAAAACAAGACAAAAAAGUCAGCCUGGUGUGUUCUUUUCUCUCUAUUGUGCACUCUCUCUCUCUCUCCUCUUUCCCUCUUUUCCUCUCUCUCUCCUCUUUCCCACUCUCUCUCUCUCCUCUUUCCCACUCUCUCUCUCCUCUUUCCCCUCUCUCUCUCUUUUUCCCUCUCUCUCUCCUCUUUCCCUCUCUCUCUCCCACUCUCCUCUUCCCUCUCUCCUCUUUCCCACUCUCUCCUCUUUCCCACUCUCUCCUCUUUCCCACCCUCUCCUCUUUCCCACCCUCUCUCUCCUCCCUCUCUCUCUCUCCCUCUCUCUCUCUCUCUCUCUCUCCCCUCUCUCUCUCCUCCCCUCUCCCUCUCCCUCUCUCCCCCCUCUCUCCCCUCCCCUCUCUCUCCCUCUCUCCCCUCCUCUCUCUCUCCCUCCCCCUAUCUCUCCCUCCCCCUCUCCCUCCUCUCCUCUCCCCCCUCUCUCCCUCCCCCUCUCUCUCUCUCUCCCCCCCUCUCCCUCUCUCUUCUCUCUCCCUCCCCCUCUCCCUCCUCUCUCUCCCUCCCCCUCUCCUCCCCUCCCUCCUCCCCCUCUCUCUCCCUCCCUCUCUCCCUCCCCCUCUCUCCCUCCCUCUUCUCUCUCCCUCUCUCCUCCCUCCCUCUCCCUCCCUCUCUCUCUCCCCUCCCCCUUCUCUCCCUCUUCUCUCUCCUCUCCUCCCUCCCCUCUCCUCUCUCUCCCUCCCCCUCUCCCUCCCUCUUCUCUCUCUCCCCCCCCCAUCUCUCUCUCUUCUCUCUCCCCCCCCCUCUCUCCCCUUCUCUCUCCCUCCCCUCCUCCCUCCCUCUUCUCUCUCCUCCCCCCCCCCCCUCUUCUCUCUCCCUCCCCUAUCCCCCCUCUUCUCUCUCCCCCCCCUAUCUCCCUCCCUUCUCUCUCCCUCCCCCUAUCCCCCUCCCUCCUCUCCCCCCCCUCUCCCUCCCUCCCCCCCCUUCCCUCUUCUCUCUCCCUCCCCCAUCUCCCUCCCUCUUCUCCCUCCCCCUCUCUCCCUCUUCUCUCUCCCCCUCCCCCUCUUCUCUCUCUCCCCAAUCCCCCCUCUCUUUAUAUAUAUAUCUCUAUAUUAUCUUCCUCUCACUCUCCUUUCCUCUCUCUUUCCUCCCCUUUGAAACUUCCUUCUCCCCCCUCUCUCAACACACACAUUCUCUUGAUUAUUUUCCUGUCAACUGAUAGCUCUUCCUCAUAA